CAGUGAUUUUGAAGGUCACUGGUAGGACGUUUUCAAUUGCUAACGUGGUCACUGGUUUGAAGUUUGAAUACCAUAGUAAGUUAUCCUGCAGUGUUGUACUUCGUUAUGGCUACUAUAUUCCCGGUUUUUCUGACUUCAUAUUCUCCAUUAAGGUCCUUAUUCUAAAUCAUUCAUCGCUCUGGUUUCUGUUAGUCACUUUGAAUGCCUUAAGAAUCUUGCAUUCACGAUCAAGUAAUUUACCAAUUAUCAUAUUGAUUGAUAUUUAGUUUGGAGGGGAAAUAUGAACUAUCAUAAGUUCUUAUCCUGGUCACUUUCUACUUUGAGAUGUGAUUGUUGUUAAUUUAAUGGUCAUUGCUUGCUCACAAUUAUGUAGCUAUAGCUACAUCAUUACAUAUAAUGAUUUGUUCGCGGAUUCGUUCUUCGAAAUAUUCUAUAGUCCUGUUUCUGUAUUCAAAACAAAAUUUAAACUGUUCAACGAUUAUAAAGUGGAAAUAUAAUCAAGUGUUUGAGAUAUGGGUAAUUCCUGACUUGCCUUCAUAUUUGGAUUAAUAAGGAAAAACAAAAUGCAUUAAUUGAUAGUUUUAUAGCUACUCUGAAUAUUAUAUCGUCGUUUAUUUCAGGACAGUUCAUCGUCACUGUCACUACCUGGCAUAAUAAUAACCCAUAAUGUAUUACAAAGGAAAUCUUUGUUAGGAUUUACCUAGAGCACUCACAAUAUUAGUUAUCUGAAUGUUAACUGGGUUCUACUCAUAAGUGAGUUAAAACUGACCGAGGCAUUACACAUUAAAGUUCAUCUGUGGUAUCGUAACUGCAUCCGUAGCCGGUCAGGAGUUCAUGGGAUGCUUAGUCAGCUCUGUCAAAUCACACUCUUAGAGUUAAGUCUAAGUAGUCUUUAUCAUUCAGCGGUCUGUUAUUUGGUAAUAAACGUCACUAUCAAUUUCUUGGUUACUAUAUUAAAUUGUCGGCACAAAGUAUGCAACAAUGCAUUGCAUGCUUGUCUUAUAUCCAUUUGGCCUGUGAAUGUCCAAAGAAUAAUGUAUGAGUUUUCUAAAAGUGAUGAGCUGUCAUUUAUGUCUAUCUAAUAACCAGUUUUGCUCUUAUGGAUUUCUUUCGAACAUAAUACGUUUGGUACUUGGUUUCAACUCCCAUUACCUUUGUUUCUACAAAGUACAGACAAGAAAAAAAGUAUUGUAAACGCUACAAUAGUUCCUGCAGAUGUUUUUUUAGUAAUUAUUUUCUUGAAUAUUUUGUAAAUAUAUAAAAGCACAUGAGUUGGUGGUAACCUAGAUCUCAUCAUCUGACGGCAAACAUUUACUCCAUAAAAUACAGAAAGGUGACCACUUUUCCUCAGAUACUCAACAUCUAAAGCUAUCUUACCUUCUCACAACGGAAGGAGGCAUCAGGAAAGUCAACUAUGGAAAUAAAACACUACCUUGCCUCACGGAUUCCCAAAAUAGACAAACAUCCUUGAAAAGUAUGGAGCUAGCACUUCUAAAACUACUCACUAAAAGAUCGUGUUUGACUAGCUCCAAUCAUUUACUGCUUAAGUAAUUGAAAUCACGCCUUCAAGUUAUUAACGUCAAUAAAAAACUCGAUUUCCGUAUCAGGUCCCUCCAAAGGAGUGUCUUCUUUUGGUAUGGAGUGACAACAACUAAUAAAUUGUAAUAGUUAUAUUUUUGGUCAACAUUUGUCAGCGCAUACUCUUAUUUUGUCUCUCAGAAAGCAGAUCUAUCCAGGAAAAGUAUCUACAAACAUUUUAAUUCCAGGCGUGUUAAAUAAGUUUUCACUAUGCAAGUAGAGUAUAAAUUUGAUGUGGAUUAUGCAAAAAGUAACAGAUCUAAGUGCAAUAAAUGCAGAGUUGAAAUCGACCAAAAUUCUCUGCGUAUCGCCAUGCUAGUACAAGCACCGAAUUUCGACGGGAAAAUCCCCAGAUGGUUUCAUUACGAUUGUUUCUGGAAAUCGAAAGCGCAUGUUGAGAGUACUGCUGAGAUUAAACAUUUCGAUUCCAUUCGUUGGGAAGAUCAAGAAAAAAUUAGAUCUGCAAUCAAUAGUGAAAUCGGUUCUUUAAAGCCAACCAAAACCCGUAAAUUCACUGUGAAGUUAUCAGAUGGGGAUUUAUCGUGUACUCAUUGCCAGAAACCGCUAAAGCAUGAACGUCAUACAGUAUGUGAAUCUGGGAAAAAGCCAACAUUCAUGUGUCACCUAUCCUGUUUUCUUAAAAGUAAUGAGUGUCCAGAGGAUAUUUCACAACUGAUAGGUUUUCGUAAAUUAUCGACUGUCGAUCAGGAUGCAGUUGUUUUGGCAUUUCGUGAAAACUCAAAGGAAAAUCGUAAACGUCCUGGACAGCAAACUGAACAAGAUUCAAAAUUGAAAAAGCCUAAAUUAAAUGGAGAUGUUGAACAGGAUGAAUUACGUAAACAAAAUAAAUUAUUAUGGAGUUUAAGAGAUAAACUAGAAAGUCAAGUAUCCAAAGAGGCGCUAAUUGGUUUAUUGGAGUACAAUAAACAACAUGUUCCAUCUGGAUUAUCUCGUCUAUUAGAUGCAGUUGCUGACGCUAUGAUAUUCGGUGCUUUACCAUAUUGUCCUAGUUGUAAAAAUGGACCAUUACAUUAUAGUAAUGGACAGUUUAAAUGUAGUGCUAUGGCAACUGAAUGGGUUCAAUGCCUUUAUUAUACACGGACACCUGAUCGAAGAAAGUUUAAAAUACCUGAGGAAUAUCAUGAUGUUGAUUUUCUAAAAAAUUACAAAUAUGUUAAGCGUACACGAUUAUUUCCACCUGAUUCAGUGUCUGAUGUUACUGGUCCAUUAACUGGCCUGUUUUUCUACAUUACAAAUGGACCGUUCGACAGCGGAAAAACAAAAGAACAAUUAAUACGUGAAUUGGCCAAUCUAGGUGGUGCUAUUAUGAGUAAACUCAGUGUUAAUUCAAUUGUUGUCUCCACAUUGAACGAAUUGGAACAAAUUCAAAGUGAUAAUAAUGAUACGAAUAAAACUUACUCGAAAGAAGCACUGACAACUGCACGUUCUUAUGGUUUACGUGUCAUUAAUGAACAAUUCUUAUCAGAAUUCAAUCCUAACAGUUUGGACUCUAAAAAAUUGGAAUCGAAAAUCCAGCAACUCUUAGCCAAAUAUACAAUAUCCAAUUGGGAGGUGAAGGCUCGUGCAUUAAAAGUUGAGAAAGAGGUGAAGAAUUUACUUUUGAAUGAUGAUAACGGUGAACAAGAAAUGAUGCGAAUGAUAAUGAAGAAUGGUGCAGUGGUUGAUCCUCAAUCAGAACUGGUCAAUAAAGCCACAGUAUUGAAAGAUGAGAAGGGAGAAUUCAUGACUGCUGUACUCGGUAUGGUUGAUUUAAUCAAAGGUUCCAAUUCAUUUUACAAGCUUCAAGCGCUUCAGUCUGAUAAAUCAUCACGUUGUUGGGUAUUUCGCGCAUGGGGUCGUAUUGGUACAUCGAUUGGUGGCACUAAAAUUGAAUCGUUUCCUAAUGCCACUUCAGCUCGUUCAACAUUCAAAGAUAUUUAUUUUGAAAAAACUGGAAAUGAAUGGGAGGAUCGUAAAAACUUUCGUAAAAUGCCACACAAAUUCUAUGAGUUAGAAUUAGAUUAUAACUCUUCAAAGAAGAAUGAAAUUCAAACUAUCAGUAAUAUACCAUGUAAACUACACCCGGCUCUACAAUCGCUCUUAAAAUUUAUUUGUGAUGUUAAAUCUAUGGAAAAAACAAUGGCGGAAUUUGAACUUGAUCUAAGAAAAAUGCCUCUGGGUAAACUGUCUAGUAAUCAAAUUCAUGAAGCUUAUGAUGUAUUGAAUUCUCUCAGUAAACUUGUUAGUUCACGUCCUUCUACUAAACAACAAUCUCAAACAUUGGAUCGAACACAAAUACUAAGUGAAUCUACACGUUUCUAUACAUUGAUCCCGCAUGAUUUCGGUUUCAAAACACCACCCAUGUUAGAUAAUAAGAAAAUUAUUACCAAGAAAAUACGCAUGUUAGAAGAUCUGUUAGAAAUUGAAUUAGCUUAUAAAAUGCUACAAACUAAAGGAGAUUCUAAACGUAAUCCAUUGGAAGAGCAUUAUGAACAGUUGCAUACUAAAUUAGAGCCUUUAGAUAGUAAUUGUGAAGAUUAUAAAUUGAUUUUGGAUUAUGUACGCGAAACUCAUGGCGCUACACAUACACAAUAUACACUUGAAGUAUUAAAUAUCUUUGAAGUACAUCGUGAUGGAGAGGAUAGUCGUUUUGCCAAGUGUAAAAUUGCUCAACAUAAUAAACAGUUGUUAUGGCAUGGUUCACGUCAAACAAAUUGGAUGGGUAUAUUAUCUCAAGGUUUACGAAUUGCACCGCCUGAUGCUCCAGUUACUGGUUAUAUGUUUGGCAAAGGUAUUUAUUUCGCUGAUAUUGUCAGUAAAUCAGCUAAUUACUGUUUUACGACACAAUCUCAACCGGAAGGACUCCUACUAUUAUGUGAAGUUAUCCUAGGUGAUAUGAAUGAAUGUUUACAAGCGGACGCGAGUGACUUACCAUUAAACUAUCAUAGUCGUAAAGGCAUUGGGUCAGUUACUCCGGAUCCGUCGACAUUUUACACCAAUAAAGAUGGUGUUGUUUAUCCUAUUGGUAAACCGAUUGAUUCAAAUGUAGCAAAUACCACUUUGUGUUAUAAUGAAUACAUUGUAUACCAUGUAUCACAAGUGAAACAAAAAUAUUUAGUUCGAGUGAAAUUUCAUUACAAAUGAACAACAAAAACGGAACUAGUUAACGAGAUUGGGUUUUUUUUUCUGUUCACAGCUAAAAAUUGUCAUCUCAAUUACUCUAUUACUUAUAUCAAUCAUUUUGCUCAUGGUGUAUGUACGUGGUCAUUGAUUAAUCUCGGUGCGUUUAUUACAUAAAAUCAAUUUUAUUAUUCUCCGGUGUUUGGAUCAUUCAGAGUAUUCUUUUCAUUUAUUUUCUGUUGCAUUUAAGACCAACCGUUUUAUUAUUAUUUUCAUUAUUAUUAUUAUUAUCUAUAGAGCUUAAAAUAUAUACAUUCGUAUCAUUCAUUUGAACUCCUGAGAUCAUUUUACAGAGUCAAUAAAUCAAUCAAAUACGUUCA